GUCUCAAAAAAAAAAAAAAAGAAAACUUCAUGUGGAGUUUAUGUCUGAGGGGGGCGUUGAGGGGCUUAAAAUGUAUAGUAUACUCCUAAACUGUACCUUAUUAUACUCCUAAACUGUAUGCACAGUAUGAAAAUAGUUCAUAAAAUAGCUUGUACUGUUGUCCCCCCCAGUUUCAGGUCAACACUGGGAAGCUAGUAAACUUUGGAAGACAGAACAUGUUCUCUUGUGUUCAAUCAGUCCUUACUAAUAUCAAUAGAAAAGUAGACCUGGACCUACAAAACAAUGGACAACCCAAAUGUUCAAGAGAUUCUCCUGCCUCAGCCUCCCGAGUAGCUGGGAUUACAGGUGUAAAACUCCUACUGUGGUUGUCAAUGAAAUUUUAGUUGCUGAGACCAUGAUACCAUCUGGUGAAUCAAAGGAAGAUUUUUGCAUUUUCUUGCUAUCAUUAAGAAACACCUGUUGUCAGCACAAUUUUCCUGGAGGUGUUGGGAUUUUGAGAGAAACUCUUCAGAGUCAACUACAUGUGUGCAGUUGGAGAGACAGUCUUGCUUCUGAGUGUGUUUCUCCAUCUGCUGUGACCCUUCCUGCAGACUCAUCACUUUCAGGAGCACUGAGCAUACUUCACAGAAUAUAUUUUUCUCAGAUGGGAUUCCCAUGUGUGGUCGAUUGAGUUGUGGGUCCUGAUUCUCCACUCCAGCAUGAUGGGAUUAUCCACCCACACCCUUGCCAGGGCCUCAAGCUGAGCCCUGACUCCUCCUUGCCUCCUCUUGACUUUAUUUGUGGCCAUGUGAUUUGCUUUGACCAAUAGGAUGCCAGCAGACAUGAUGCAAACAAAGGCCUGGGAUGAGCUUGUAUGGCUGGGCUUGCUCUUGUGCUUUUGUCAUCGCUAGUUCAGAAGCUUGAGGGACAUUGGGAGCAGAGCUGCCCCUGCUGAAAGGAGACCUACAGCUGGAAGACGGCUGAGCUCCCAGUCCCAGGGAAUGCAGUGAUAAAUACUUCUAUGCCAUUUAGUUUUGGGGGCAGUUUGUUCUGUAGCAAUAUCUGACUGAUACACGAUAUCAAAGGAAACAAAUGAUUUUUAUAACUUGCUGUAUGUUGGUUUUGCUCUUGAGGAAGCCUGAAGUCAAUUUACUAUGCUAUCAGCAUGGUAUAUGUGCACCUACAAAAAUAUUCAUAUGGUUCUUCUCAAUUUGACCAUACAAUCAAAUUUUAUGUAUUUUUAUUUAUUAUUUUUAGUUUUACAAAUGAAAGAAAUGGGGGUCUCACUAUGUUGCCGAGGCUCGUCUUGAACUCCUGGCUUCAAGAUAUCCUCCCACUUUGGCCUCCCAAGGUUCUGGAUUACAGGUGUGGCCCACUGCACCUGACCAAAUCUAAUUUUAAAUGGUUUAAGGAAAUAGAACAAUAACCAUGUCACCAGCACAGUUUAGGGCCUUACAGAGCUUUAUUCCAGACUGAAUCUAUUAUCUUAAGGUAAUAAUUUGGUGUAAUAAUAAACUCCACAAAGAUCUGUGUAAUUUUCUUUCUCCAUCUUUAAUUUGUAGUAUAAUCACACACAAUUCAUAUAGUUAGUAAUUAUAUGGUACUACUAAUCCUCACUUUUAAGAAAACAACCCUUUGAUAAUGAUUUUUAAAGUUGGAGGUAUGACAAAAUAUUUACAUUCAGAAACAUUCUCAUCAAGUGGUAUUAAUUUCUUUCAACACCCACAAUUUACUUUUAAAUUUGUCAAAAUCUAGCUAUUUUAUAUAUAUAUAUAUUUCUUUCAACACUCACAAUUUACUUUUAAAUUUGUCAAAAUUUAGCUAUUUUGUGUAUAUAUAUUUUUAUUUAUUUAUUUUAAAAGCUUGUCCUUAAAAUCCAACUGUUAGUUCCAUAAUAAAAAUUAAAAUGAAACAUAAUGGCGAAAAAUCCUUUAUUAUUCUCUAACUGAGGGUUGGCUAAUUAAUGGCGGAUCACUUGAGCCCAGGAGUUUGAGACCAGCCUGGUCAACAUAGCAAGACUCCAUCUCAUUUUUAAUUAAAAUUUUUUGUAUUACAUUUUAUGUUAAAAAAGGGAAAAGAAAAAAGCAACUUUUUUUUCUUUUUUGAAACGAAGUCUCACCCUGUCACCCAGGCUGGGGUGCAGUGGCGCGAUCUCGGCUCACUGCAGCCUCCGCCUCCCAGGUUCCAGCGAUUCUCCUGCCUCAGCCUCCCGGGUAGCUGGGAUUACUGGCACGCGCCACCGCGCCCGGCUAAUUUUUGUGUUUUUAGUACAGACGGGGUUUCACCAUGUAGGCCAGGCUGGCUUCAAACUUCUGACCUCAGGUGAUCGGCUCGCCUCGGCCUCCCAAAGUGCUAGGAUUACAGGCGUUAGCCACCUAUUAUAGCCCCAUAGGUGAGGCUCUAUUUGUUUUUUCCAUUCAAGAAAGGAUGUCAAACUCCAUCGGAGCAUGGGUGAAUUAUAAAAACAUAACCGUGCAUGUCUCCUAAGUUACUGUAGGCUCUUCACAAAUAUGUACUGGUAUUACUAAGAAAUUACUUGCGACACACCUCACUACUUAUGGAGACAUGCCAUUUUAUUUUGCAUCCAUGGUUAAGAACCUCUGCCAUAGAGAGGGGUGCUAAACGUCGUGUUAUGGUUAUGAGAAAGAAUUGCUGCAUGCAUAACCGAGCAAUUGGAAAUAAAAAAGGCCAAAAGAAAAAAAAAUUGCUUAAGUAAUCAGAAAAAAAAAAUGGCGUUGUUAAAGAGUUCUACAAUUGAGUUUGAAUGAGAGAGGAGACAAAGUGACAAGCCCUGGGCUCUUGAGCUAGUGCAAGUUUAAAGAGCUCGCCUGGGGAAUUCCUUCACAGUCCCCAGUGGAACCAGUCAAAAGAGCGUCAUGCCUUCCGUGUCCCCUGACCCUCCAUUCAAUCAAAAGCAACAGGCCUGAACAAUCACGGAACAAAAACCUCAUUGCCCGCGUAACCUUCCAACCCCGGAGCUGUAUGGGCCGCUAAUCCGCCGCACAAAGCGGGCAGCUGCUCUUUUCUUCUCCCGCGCCCGGGCCCAACUGCUGAUCGGCUCUGGAACGUCCCAGUAGCGCGCCGGGGGCCUCCGGUGUUUAUUUAGCGGGCUGCUGGCUGCGCCGGGGGCCUCCUGGAGAGCCGGCUCCGCGCCGCCCGCGCGCCCGCGCCAGAGCAGCCAUGUACCGGCGCAGCUACGUCUUCCAGACCCGCAAGGAGCAGUACGAGCGCGCCGAUGAGGCUUCGCGCGCCGCCGAGCCCGAGCGCCCGGCAGACGAGGGCUGGGCUGGGGCCACUAGCCUGGCGGCGCUGCAGGGACUCGGCGAGCGCGUGGCCGCCCACGUCCAGAGGGCCCGCGCGCUCGAGCAGCGCCACGCCGGGCUCCGGCGGCAGCUGGAUGCCUUCCAGCGCCUGGGCGAGCUGGCUGGGCCCGAGGACGCCCUCGCCCGCCAAGUCGAGAGCAACCGCCAGCGCGCCCGGGACCUGGCUGCCGAGCGCACCCGGCUGGAGCGCCAGGGCACCGAGGCGCAGCGCGCGCUCGACGAGUUCCGGAGCAAGUACGAAAAUGAGUGUGAAUGUCAACUCCUGCUAAAAGAAAUGCUUGAACGGCUUAACAAGGAAGCUGAUGAAGCCUUGCUGCAUAACCUGCGCCUUCAGCUGGAAGCCCAAUUUUUGCAAGACGAUAUCAGUGCGGCGAAGGACAGGCACAAGAAGAAUCUUCUGGAAGUUCAGACCUAUAUCAGCAUCCUGCAGCAGAUCAUCCACACCACUCCUCCAGCAUCCAUUGUGACGAGUGGGAUGAGGGAGGAGAAGCUCCUGACGGAGCGGGAGGUGGCCGCUCUGCGGAGUCAGCUGGAGGAGGGCCGCGAGGUGCUCGCCCACCUGCAGGCGCAGAGAGUGGAGCUGCAGGCCCAGACAACAACUCUGGAACAAGCUAUUAAAAGUGCCCAUGAGUGUUAUGACGAUGAGAUUCAGCUUUAUAACGAGCAGAUUGAGACCUUGCGCAAGGAGAUUGAGGAGACAGAGCGGGUCCUGGAGAAGUCUUCUUACGACUGCCGGCAGCUGGCGGUCGCCCAGCAAACCCUGAAGAAUGAGCUGGACCGGUAUCAUCGUAUCAUCGAGAUUGAAGGCAACAGGCUGAGCUCUGCCUUCAUUGAAACUCCCAUUCCCCUGUUCACCCAGAGCCAUGGGGUCUCUCUCAGCACUGGAUCCGGUGGGAAAGAUCUUACCAGGGCUCUGCAGGAUAUAACAGCAGCAAAACCAAGACAAAAAGGCCUCCCCAAGAAUGUUCCAAGGAGAAAGGAGAUUAUAGCAAAAGACAAAACCAACGGAGCUCUGGAAGAUGCACCAUUAAAAGGUUUGGAAGACACAAAGCUGGUACAGGUGGUACUUAAAGAGGAAAGUGAAUCUAAGUUUGAAUCAGAAAGUAAAGAAGUAAGUCCCCUGACACAAGAAGGGGCUCCAGAGGAUGUGCCAGACGGAGGGCAGAUAAGCAAAAGCUUUGGGAAAGUAUACAGGAUGGUCAAGGAGAAAGUGAGAAGCCCCAAAGAGCCUGAGACCCCCACUGAGCUCUACACCAAAGAGCGGCACGUGGUGGUCACAGGGGAUGCCAAUUACGUGGACCCUAGGUUCUGUGUCUACCCCGUCACAGCCAAAGGUGGGGUGGCUGUUUCCAUCGCGGAAGACUCUGUGCUUUAUGAUGGCCAGUUGGAGCCCUCUCCUGAGUCACCUAAGCCCCCUUUAGAGAAUGGGCACGUGGGUCUGCAGGAGAAAGAAGAUGGACAGCCAAUUGACCAGCAGCCUACAGACAAGGAGAUUGAGCCAGAUGGCAAAGAGCUGGAAGUCCCUGAGGAGAAACGUGAGGGUGAGGAGCAGGACGAGGGGACUGGGAGACCCUGUCCCGUGGUCACACCCGGUGCAGAGGAACCAUCUAUACCCCAGCCUCCAAAGCCUGUGGCUGAUCAGGACGGAGCCGAGGGGCUUGGGACUAGGGGCAGAAGCCUGCCAGAAAAAGGCCCUCCCAGGGCUUUGGCCUAUAAGACAGUAGAAGUGGUGGAAUCUAUAGAGAAGAUUUCCACAGAGAGCAUUCAGACAUAUGAAGAAACUGCUGUGAUCGUGGAGACCAUGAUUGGAAAGACAAAGUCAGACAAGAAGAAAUCAGGAGAGAAGAGCUCUUAAAAUGCCCAGGCUUAAUGGGAGAAAAUGUCUUUGGGGCCACUGUAGGGGUAAUGCUUUGAUAUUUUAGAGCAAAUGAUAAAAGGGUGAGGGUUCCUGUUUGGAUUAGACCAUAGGUGACCCAUCUGGCAUUGCCAAUGAAACCUUCAUUAAAAUGUUUUCUUUGCUUGCA